UGGAGGCAGCGCGCUGCUCCUCCUCUCCUCAUCACAGACACCGACACGGUCCGGACCGGAGAGCACAGAGCAGAAGGAACGACCAGCGGCGGGAUCACAUGUUGUGGUUUCCUUUUUUACAUUUCCAUCAUAGUUAGAAGCCACAGAGUUCAUUUCCGACCUGCUCUUACGAAUGACGGAUUUCGAAGGCACGUGAAAGGAUCGGGAUUGCGGAAAAUCAUACAGAGUGGCCCGCGCGCUGAAAUCAGACAGCCCCGCGCGCUGCUCCGCUGCUGCUGCGGCUGCAUCCUCGUGCUCAUCUCCUUGCCGCCUCCUCCGCUCCCUGUUGGUGUUGGGAACAAUCCCCGGUUUUUUCCUAUUCAACUCUUUUCUACAAAUAAUACCCAAGUAAUUGCCCCUCGAGAGCCCUGUACCUUCUGUGUGUUGGAGUUGGAGCUCAUUUCCUGAUCCAUUGACUGGACUGAGAACCCUAAACGGACCGGGAGGACCUCGUAGGAGACAAGGACUGGGAGGACAGGGAUUAUUUGAGCCCACAACACCGUACCGCAUGGUGGGAAUUUCUGCCUCUUUUCAGUAUCGCACUGGGCAGCGCUCCACCAUGCCCGACUCACCUGCAGACGUCAAGACACAGUCGAGGUUGACCCCCCCCACCAUGCCUCCUCCACCAAGCACGCAGGGAGCCCCCCGCAGCAGCUCCUACACCCCAACUACACUAACCAACGGCAGCAGUCACUCCCCGACGGCGCUGAAUGGCGCCCCCUCCCCUCCUAACGGCUACAGCAACGGCCCCAGCUCCUCGUCCUCGUCCUCGCUAGCCAAUCAGCAGCUGCCGCCGGCCUGCGGCGCCCGGCAGCUCAGCAAGCUGAAGCGCUUCCUCACCACGCUGCAGCAGUUCGGCAACGACAUCUCGCCCGAGAUCGGGGAGCGCGUCCGGACGCUGGUCCUGGGCCUGGUGAAUUCGACGUUAACCAUAGAGGAAUUUCACUCCAAGCUCCAAGAAGCCACCAACUUCCCUCUGCGACCUUUUGUCAUUCCCUUUCUGAAGGCCAACCUGCCCCUGCUGCAGAGAGAGCUGCUGCACUGCGCACGGCUCGCCAAGCAGAACCCGGCCCAGUACCUGGCCCAGCAUGAGCAGCUGCUGCUGGACACCAGCACCACCUCCCCGGUGGACUCCUCCGAGCUCCUGCUGGACGUCAAUGACAACGGCAAGCGGAGGACCCCAGACAGAACCAAAGAGAAUGGCUUUGACCGCGACAGCAGCAUGCACCCCGAGCUUCACCCCAGCAAGAGGCCCUGCACCAUAAGCCCCGCCCAGCGCUUCAGCCCGUCCAAUGGAAUCGCCUACCAGCCCAACGGCCUCCCGCCCCCGGGCCCGCCUCCCCCGCAGCACUAUAGGCUUGACGACAUGGCCAUCGCACACCACUACCGUGACACAUACAGACACCCCACCUCCAACCACCGGGAGGUCCGGGACCGGGCCCGGCCCACCGGUGAGUCCCUAGGUAUGCACACAGGCGCCCGGCAGGAGGAGGUUAUCGACCACCGGCUGACAGACAGGGAGUGGGCAGAGGAGUGGAAGCACCUUGACCAUGUAAGAAAACUGCUGAACUGCAUCAUGGACAUGGUGGAGAAGACGCGCCGGUCGCUCACCGUGCUGCGGCGCUGCCAGGAGGCCGACCGCGAGGAGCUCAACUACUGGAUCCGCCGCUACAGCGACGCCGAGGAGAUGAAGAAGGGCGCGGCCAGCGGGCAGUCACGCCAGCAGAGCCCCGCGGGGCAGGACAACGCAACGCAGCCAGAGAUUCACAGAGAGAUGCUGCAUCGGCCUGUCUCCACUGGCUACGUCCCUGAGGAGAUCUGGAAGAAAGCUGACAACGUGUUGCUGACGCGUUCCGCUGCCCCACUCUCUCCAGAAGAGGCGGUGAACGAGGUGAAGCGGCAGGCCAUGUCGGAGCUGCAGAAGGCCGUAUCGGAGGCGGAGCGGAAAGCUCAUGACAUGAUCAGCACCGAGCGUGCCAAGAUGGAGCGCACGGUGGCUGAGGCAAAGCGCCAGGCGGCCGAGGACGCACUGUCAGUCAUCAACCAGCAGGAGGACUCCAGCGAGAGCUGCUGGAACUGCGGUCGUAAGGCCAGCGAGACGUGCAGCGGCUGCAACACAGCGCGCUACUGCGGCUCCUUCUGCCAGCACAAGGACUGGGAGAAGCACCACCACGUGUGCGGCCAGACCCUCCAGGCCCAGCAGCAGCAGCAGCAGCAGGCCAGCCAGCAGCAAGGGGGGGGUGGCCCCGGGCCUGAGACUCCGGCCCCUGUCAGCUCCUCUGCCUGCACCCCUAGCAGCGGUGCCGGGAGCCCGGCGGCCACCCCGCCCGCCACGGCUGUCGCAGCCCUGUGCUCGGUCCCUCCGGGCCCCCUUUUGACCACGGCCCUGGACGGAACGCCGCGCCAAUAGAGGCGGGAGGACUCCGAGACGGAGGACGGACAGCGCCAAAAAGAAGAAAAAAAUCGGUCCUGUGCUCUUGACUGUGAAACCCCCCACGCCAUUCUAAGCAGCACAACUCUCUCAAUUUGCCUCUCAAAGAUGCUGAACAGGUGGGAACAGGAACAGAAUGGUCGAUUUUAUUUUGCGCUCCCUUUGUCAUUAGCAGCAGGAGUAGAAGGUCCAUACUCGGGUCAUAUUGACUUGCCCUGACUUAUAUAUACAAAGAUAUUCUUUGUUUUUAAUUAUUCAUUAUUGGUGUCCCUUUUAAUUGUUACUAUGCUGAUUAUCGUUGUCUUUGUUUGUCGUUGUCGUGGCUGUUCUGAUUAUUGUUGACAUCAUUGUUGCUUAUCUUCCAUUUUAUUGGUGUAAAUAUGAACAUAAGAGACUAAGGGAGCUCAAGAGAAGAACGACCCUUUAUUAUUAGUAUUUUUUUUAUUAUUAUUUCCCUCCUAAACCUGGGACAUGAAACAUGUUGACCUCAAGAAGACACUUUACCAAACAAUAUACCAAGGACUUUUGACUAGCUAGCAUAGCUAAUCUUUUAGCGACUGACAUUGUAUGUAAAGAAAGGUAUUAAAACUAAAAAUAACCUGCCAAACAAAGUAUGCCGGACAGACAUACAGAAAGAAAGACACAAGGGUUGGACUGGAUCUCUUACCCAGCGAGACCUGCCAAGGAAAGGCAGAUGUGCAGCAUAUUGCGAGGAAAUCCAGAUGUUUGCCGCAAUGUUAUUCCCUCUGACUUCGAAUAAUAUCCAGGUCAGUGGGCCGGGAAACACAAAGCUGUCUCCUUGGAACAGUGUAAAAAUGAACCAUUUCUUGAACAAGCAGCACACAAAAAUGUAUAUGGAUAUACCGAGGACAGGUUUCAAUUGUGCAAAUUUUGCCGGGACAACUCGAGGAGUUCAGUUCCUCACAUCAGUAGGAAAGCAGAACGGCUGUGGUCAAACAACAGGAAGUCUUUCCUCUAACGUUCCUGUCACUUCCCAAACCCAUGCUCUGGAAACAGAUGAUUUUUGUUGUUGUUCUUCAUCUGCUUCUUCCUAUUUUCCACUGUAGAUGUCAUGGUGUGGAACACUUUUGUCACAUGGUGUGGCAAAAUGGUUAUUUCCUGUAUCUGUGUUGGAUAUUUGUGACGACGAAUAGCACCCGACCUCGUCACAAGAACUUCCCUUAUCCCGCUCUCUUUCUCAACCCUUCUAUCUUUCUCAAGCUAGUGUGAAAAGAGAUAAGAGAAACAGAAGUGUUGUCCACUUCUGGGCUGAUUUUCUAUUCUGUGUAUAGGUGGUGGAUCUCUUGGUGUCCAUGUUUUAUCCUCCCCUUCUCCCAUUUUUUUUCAAGAAAAGACAAGCUAUAUCUCAGAGCUGCUACUUGAGACCAGCCCAUAUCUUUUCUGAGAAGCUAGCAUGUUUCACGCGGAAUGCUAACCUAAAUGUUCGUACAAGGGACGUACAUCAAUGUAUUUGCACUGUCACAGAGGACAUUUCAGCAUGCUUCUUUUGUUUUUAGCACAAAUGUUUUGUUGUUAUAGAGCCAUUUUCCACAGACCAAUUCUUUGUACAUAGUGCUGGUGUAUCUGAUCUGUGAAUUUUUUCCUUUUUUUUUGUAAUGUUGGGUAAAUGUAAAAUCACAAAAUUUAGUAAUUGUAAAACAUAUUUCUCUCAACAUGCUAAAGAAAGCUGUGGUAGCUUCUUUCUUUUGUUUUCGAGUAACUGACAGUGCAUGCACAUUAUGAUCGUUGGUUAAAUAUAUGUUAUUUUUUAGAAAAACACAAAACCACACAAAAACAACAGAAAAAUAGAAACUACUUAAAAACAUUGCUUUCCAAAUUCCAAGGUGUAUAUCUAAUUGACAGCUUUAACAUUGCACCAAAUUACAAACAAUAAAAGCAGAAGAGAUAAAAAAAAAUACAAUUACCACAGAAGACAGCCAAAGACCGACAACAAGGACCAAAAUCCUGACUUAGAUUAUGUACAAAAGAGGUAAAUUCACUCUGACUGUUUGUUAUUUAUUUCCAUAAUGUUAACUUGUGGCUUUAUUCAUUAAGAGAAAGAAAAAAAAUCACCAUUAGUUACACUUUGUUACUUAAACUCUAUCUGAAAAGGUUCUGGAUUUGUGCAAACCAGUGGUAGACAUCUUAUGUUGUAAAAUGAUGUUGAUGAAAGCAUUAUGGGAAAGUUUUGCAGCAAAGGUUAAAUUUGAACUGGAGCAAUAAUGACCACUACCACUUAAACACUAAUUAUUUCUGAGACAUACCCAUUGAGUUAAAUUAUAGAUCAUAAAUUCAUUUAAACUUUAAAGCAGUAAAGUCUGUCAUCCCAAAAUAUGGCAAUAUGGGACAGCUUCAUUCUAUAUGUUUUUUUCUUUUUUUUUUCUUUUUAGUGUGGGGAUGCAAACAUUUCCACUUUAUAAGCCUAUCCUAACAAACCUUUUUUUUAAGCCUACCAAUGCUAAAUCCAACAAACCUUUUGAGUUGACAGUGAGGGAGCGCUUCAACCUGACACAAAAACAGCUCCUUUUCUCACCUCGGUGCUAUACAGAAGCGUGUCACUGAAUUCUGACCUCAAGGAACAAUGGGAGGCCAUUAAAGGUUCUGGGCAUUUAUUUAAUUACCCACAAUCUCCUCUCUUCCUCAACUCUCCCUUGUUGUCUAAAUCCACCAAACGAACACCUGCUUGUUUUUUUAAAAAGGGUUACCAAAUCCAAAAAAGGGUGUUUUACACCAUACUUCUCAGAAGCUGUGACGAGAUAGCCAAGCUGUCUUUCACAUCAGUGUAUUCGAAGAUAUACCAACAAAUAACGUACGUUUUUCGUUCAUCAGGGCUAAAACCUGGCUUAUCAACAGAAAAACAAACAACAAAAAAACGAAAAGAUGACAUGCGUUAUUCCUCGAUAAUUCUUGGAGAUGUUGAACAGUUUUUAUUUUUCUUCCCUCCUUUAUGUGUGUGUUUUGCUGCCAAUUCCUCGGUGGCAAACAAGUCUCAAGUCUACCUCUUACAGCACGAUAAGAGCAGUCGCCACGCUGAUACUGGUCUAGUCGAAACCAAAUGGGCACAAGAGAACAGGAAAAAUAAAAAAAUUAAAAAGAAUAAAAAUAAAACAAUAUCCAAAGUCAAGCUCAUACAGCUGCAAAACCAUAUCACUACUUGGUAACAAUGCAGACCUCAUUGAUAGAUACAAACAGAAGGGAACAAAAAUGUUACACAAAAGAAAAAGAUAAAAAUUUUAAUAAAAAAUACUUGUGUUAUGUUCUUUUAUGCCUGUGGCGUUUCUGAGAUACAUCAACGUUUUGAAUUGUUUGAAAACAAAUUAAGAUAUGUGCAAAUUUGAAGAGAAGAGCUGUCGAAUUCAAAUGCAGUCCCGUCGAAAAAAGGGUCACGAAUGAGAAAUCUUAUUUUUAUUUCUUUCACUCGUUUAACUUUGAAACCCCUUCACCCUUUCUUAUUUUCCUCUCACUCUUCUCUCUGUUUGUGAAGAUACACACUGAACCAAUGCUUUUUCACAUAUUGCUGAAGUGAUUGAAAGUGGGGGAAGGCUUUUAAAAAGACAACGCUUGUAAAGAAAAUAAUUUAAAAAGGCUAUGAAUUUAAGCAUGCCUGUUUUUCACAAUUGGUGAGGGAACGGGUUUGGCAGUGGGUAUUCAACUUCCUGGUCAUUUGGGAAUUUGGAUGGACAGUGUUUAACAGCAAACAGUGAAGACUAGCGUCCAACUGGGUUGUGGGGGUAGCACAGCUUUGGGGCGGGGGAGGGCCCUCUUGAGAAGAAGUUCGUUUUUAGGAGGGUCAAAAAAAUGGAAACUCAAAUGAUUUGAUGAUUUGAAGUUGUUGUGCAAUACUUAAUUGAAACAGGGAGACAACGGCCAGCGUCGAGGUCUUCUUGACAGCUUUUCCUGAGGGAUAUGUCAGAGCUGUGGUUUUUUGUUGACAUUUUCUUUCCCUUUUUCUUUUACUUUCAAAUUUAUUUUGUAUAUUUUUUUGGGGCUGUAAACUAUGGUCUGUUGGUCUGUGAAUCUUUGCAGUAUAAUUCUGGUAUUGUUCUCUUUACGGUGUAAUAAAUAUGUUAAUACCUGCCUUGGA